CUUGGCUUACCCUCAUCGGCAUCUUCAGUGGCUGCAUGGAUGCUGUCCUUUCAUUUCUCCACAGCGGCAGACGCUGCUCCGCACCAAUCUAGACUUUCCCAAGUCGCCCAAGACCUUCACUCCCUGAAUGGACUUGGAUUCAGGUCAACGUGGUGGCAAGGAUUUUAUUCUUGCCCAGAACUGCUGUGCAUAAUGCAUUUUAGCACAACCCAUCCACAUAUUAACUCAUUGAUACCCAAAGCAUUCCGUACUCUGUCCAACUUGAGACGGUGGAGAGUCGUUCAUGGCUUACAUAUCAGCUGCUUUUCAAGCUUCGGCCUAGACGCCAAAACGUGACGGGAUCGUCCGAGGCGUGGAUUCAUGCGUCAAACAAAACACGGUUUUCUUUGUCAAUGGCAUGCCAGUGUUCGUGCGGUCGGUCUCACGGUGAUUCUUGACCUCUGCAUUUGUCUCACCAGCCAACUACACAUUUAACCAACCAACUACUCUGUACAGUGUGCUCCCAAUAUGGAGUUGGUUGCGGCUGAUGGUUUCUGACCGAAGAGUUUCCAAACAUUCGACAAUUUCUCUCCAGAUCGGCUUGAAACUUUGACUCGUGGCCGUCGCCAACUUAAAACCCCAACUCCCUGCAAGUAGGUCCACGCAAUGGACUUCGGAAGUUGAUCGCAGCCAAUCGUGUUUCACCAGGCCUCUUCGCCCCGAUGGGCGCCCGUGUCUUGAUCGAUGGCUCCCCGCUAGUCAUGCUCGACAGCCAUCGUGAGCAUGGUGGCGAUAUAAUCAUGCGGCUGGCCUCCAGCCGGGGCCGUCUUUUGUCAAUCGUCUCGAAUUCCUGCUGCUUUGCCCAAAAUUUUCGCUCCCUACCGCCAGAUAGGGAGCAUGUUGUCCAUCGACUGAGCAAAGAGGCCACACGAUGCUACGCCAGGCACUCCCCUUGACCAUUUCUCGCCCGUGACAUCCUUGGUUCUCUUUCUCAGUCAUCUCCGUUGAACGGAGAUUUGAUCUGCUGGCCUGGAGGAUGGCUUUGGGUCAUCCCGUGGCAAGCGAUUCCGGCAGAGGAACGCAAUUAUGGGUAGUAGCUACCGUCAUGGUUGUUGUUUCGGGCUUUUUUGUUUCUCUGCGUUUAAUCGGGAGAUAUUUUCGGAGUAUGCUUUGGGUGGAUGACUGGGCAAUUGUUGCAGCACAUCUGUUCUCAAUCGCAUUUUCCGUGUGCAAUAUUAUGUCUGUAAAGCAUGGAUUCGGCAAUCACACUUGGGAGGUGCCAAAGCCCGAAAGAAUUCAGGCGUUGAAGUGGUCACUCAUAGUGCAAGUGAUAUACAAAAUCGUCAUCUCGCUCACCAAGGUUGCAAUCUUGCUACUCUACCUGCGACUCUUCUCUGUGCAAAAGGUUUUUCGCUGGCUAUGUUACGCUCUCAUUGCAUUAACUGUUUUGUCGGGUAUUGCGUACACGCCUCUAACAAUCUGGCAAUGCUCGCCGGUACAAGCCUUUUGGGAUCGUUCCAUUCCACACCAGUGUAUCGGAAAUCAGCACUGGCGACUGUCGUAUUCAGUGAUAAACAUAGGCACUGACUUUUUAAUUCUGUUUCUCCCGAUACAACGGAUUUUUUGCCUCCAGCUAGAACGAAGGGAUAAGAUUGCGUUGAUUUUUAUCUUUUCUUUGGGUGCAUUUGUGUGCAUCAUAAGUGUUAUCCGAGUGACAACCAUUCGCAGGGUUGGCAAGCGGAAGGACCCGUUGUGGAACACAUUUCCACUCGGCUUGUGGAGUGUUGUUGAAGUCAACACGGGCAUUGUCUGCGCCUGCAUGCCUAUGAUUCGCCAGUCACUUUCCGUACUGUUUCCGAAGCUAUUUUCACGCAAUAGAACUCGCCCUAGCGGCCGUUCCUUGAGCAAAUCUGCCAGCCACAGGUCCUACGGGCUGACAAACGGUGGGUCGACAAUGCCUACUGCUGCCAUAUGUUGGACCAAGCAUGAAGAAGAGAAUAUUUAUAUGGCGUCUAUAAAACCAGGGAGAGAAUCGCCAAUUUUCCGGACAGAGAGUGAAGAGAGGAUUAUUGGGCCCGAAAAUGCUGAUCCGAAUGAUAUGCGGAUAUUUCAGCGGACGGAAAUAUCAAUAAUUGACUCGAGUAGAGCAUAGUAAUGAUUGAUUGUUGUGUUUUGACGUUUAGGGAACUGAGAAGUUCAACGCUUUCACGAUAUUUUUGUAUAUGUUCGAUAUCUAGGAAUGGCUUGUUUCUCAAUUUAUAUACUGGCGCCAAGUGGUUCCUGUGUUACGCUGUGGUGGUUUCAGCAGGAAGGAGAGUAUAAAUGACUGUUAAUCAGCUCAUGAGAUAACCACUAGUCAGUC